GUGCGGCAGCAAUAAUUAACAAAAAAUGGAAGAAGACGGUAACAAGCUUAACAUAACUUGUUCUCCUGGAACAUCUAAAAAGGUUCAAGACGAUGCAGUUUAUAGACAGAAGAUCAUAAGCGAUGUGGCUGGAGAACAAUGCUUCGAAAGCAUUAUUAUAACAGAAGAGCACAGCGGGAGCGCUGGCCUUGAAGAAUCGUUCUCGGAAGAGAUUGCAAUGGGCGAAAGUGAAGGGGAAGACUUCCUUCCAAUCGGUACAAGUGCUGAGACACCUCACGGCAAGAGGCCUGCGUGGUUGGAUGCGCCAACAAAGCUGCUAAUUUUGAAGUUUAAGGAACUUCGGCCGAAAGCUGGCAAAAGCCAAAGCAUGAAAAACAAAAAGCAAAUGUGGAGCAGGAUUAGCAAGGAACUUUGCGAAAAGGGUUACAUUUACACGUCUUCACAAGUGGAGGGGAAAUUUUACAGCGUAGAAAGACAGUACAAAAAACUAAACUCAAUAACUCUAAAACAGGAAGAGCCAGAAUGA